AGGAACAAAUUCUUCAACUUUAACCAGCACAAAACCCUUUUGCCCUCUCAGUAAAACAGAGAGCAAAAGUAUAUUUAUUUUUAUAAAAGUAAAAUUGAGAGAGCAAUGAAAGGUGGUGGUGGUGGUGGUGGUGGUGGCAGUAAACCAAGAGAAGAAGAACAAGACGGCAUGUCCGUACACUCUCCCUGCAAGGCUCCUCCUUCCUCUGCUUCUUCCCUCCCCAAGGAGCAAUCCCAGGUUGAAUUGGAGCUCAGACUGUUGGAAGCUCUUGAAAUUUAUCCUCCAGUUAAAUUGCAAGGCAUACAUCGUCACUUUGUGCUUUAUGGGCUAAUGGAGUUCCUGAGGAGAAGCUUUGAUCGGAACUUCUCUUCUGAUGAGGUUCUCCAAUUGCUGGAUCGGUUCUAUAACUUGGAAAUGCUGAAACCAGACGAGGAGGAAUUGGACAUCUUGAAUCAUGAGGAAGACUUUUGCUUGCCUCAAAGUUUCUUUGUCAAGGAGGAACCGUAACUCCUUGUAUUUGUAUAGAUUUGCUUAUUUUGUUUGAACUUGUGUAUCCAUUAUGGGUUCAAGAUGAUAGUUCUCAAAGCUUUUGUGCAAGCUAGAAUGCUAGAUGGUGUCAUGUUGGUUAAUGCCAUACGGUAUUCAUGGCUUCCUGCUAUCACAAUCGGUUUUAUGUAUCCUUGAAUCUGUUUUUGGUCAUUUAUAUUAGAUUACAGCGCAGAUAUUU